UUUAGGUUAUCCCAGAUUUUUUUGGGGUUCCCAAUUUCGGGGAUGAGCCGUGGGGGGAGGCAGGGGGCGGCUCCCAGCGCCCCCUCGGAGCUGCUCGGGGAGGAGGAAAAUCAAAAAGUGCUGGAAAUGCUGGGCAGGAAAUGUGUGAGCCUGGUGACCGCCGUGGUUCAGCUCCUGGUGGCCGAGCCCGGGGGGGUCCCGGGGGGUCCCGGGGGGGUCCCGGGGGGGUCCUGGAGCCUUCGGGGCUGCGGCGUCGCCUGCCUGGUGCGGGACAGCCCCCGGCGCUCGUACUUCAUCCGGAUCUACCGCCUGCCUGCCGGGGGUCUCUGGUGGGAGCAGGAGCUGCAGGGGGGGAUGGGCUACAAGAGCCCCACCCCCUUCUUCCACACCUUCAUCAGCCACGAGGGGUGGGCGGGGCUGAACUUCGCCUCCGAGGCCGAGGCCGCCGCCUUCGAGGGGUCGGUGCAGGAGCGGCUGCGGCGGCGGCAGCAGAGGGCAGAGAAGCAAUCGCUGCCCCCUCCCCCACCCCCCGGGCAAGGCCCAGCCUCAGUGCCCAUCCCCCACCCCGACAUCACCCCCAGCCGCUAUCGGGGCCUCCCCUCCCCCCCCUCGGGCCCCUCCCCCAGCGGGGACCCCAAGAAGGGGGGGAGGGGCAGGAAAAUCUCCAAGGCCGAAAUCGGGGCCCCCUCGGGCUUCAGACACGUCGGUCACAUCGGGUGGGACCCGAACGGCGGCUUCGAUCUGGCGUCCCUGGACCCCGCCCUCCGCGCGCUCUUCGCCCAGGCCGGGGUCAGCGAGCGCCACUUGGCCGACGCCGAAACCUCGCGGCUGAUUCACGACUUCAUCGAGCGCAGGGGGGGCCUGGAGGCCGUGAGGGAGGAGAUGGGACACGGUGGGGACACCUGGGGACACCUGGGGACACCGCCCCCUCCCCCUCCCCCCUCGGGGGCGGCUCCUCCCCCCGCGACCCCCCCGGGCCGGGGGGCGCUGCUGGAUCAGAUCCGCCAGGGGGUGACGCUCAACAAGACCCCUGAGACCCCCGAGGUGGGCGCGGGGGGUCCCGGCGCUGGGGGGCUCGUGGGGGCCCUGAUGGACGUGAUGCAGAAACGGAGCCGGGUCAUCCAUUCCUCGGAUGAAGGCGGAGCCAGCGAGGAUGAGGAAGAUGAUGAUGAAUGGGAUGAUUGAGCCCCUCCCCCGCAUUUGGAGACCCCUCCCCCCAUUUUGGA